AUGAGCACGAUUAUGUUUAACUUAAAUGGAUCAUCUUGGAGAUUUGUCAAGUAUGCGAAUGUUCGAUUCGAUAGGAAGCUACAAGAUGAUAUUAGUUUUCAUGAUAAUAUCAAAGAUCUAAAUGCAUCGGUUUAUUCUCAUAUGGUUGGUUCUGAACAGAAAUUGGAGGAUGGAGUGGAGAGUAAUAUUUUGGAUGUGAUAGAGAACUAUCUUCUCAACAACCAAUCCCCUCUCUGCGGGUCCGUACUCACCAUUAUAAUGAAACGGAAUCCAAUUCGAAACAAUACUGAAAGACUGGUCCAGCUGUUACAAGACAAUCAUAUUAUGUUGAGAAUCGUGGGCAGUGAUCAGAUGUUGGGCGGUUCGGAUUCCAUGAUUAUGUACAACAUGGCAGUGCAGACUAAUGGAUUAUACAUUUUUACUUAUAGCCAGUACACUGAUGUUUUUUACAAUAGUUUCAAGUGGGCUGUAUACAGCCCUACCUCCAGUUUCUUGUUCUAUGCACAGAACAUUGCCGUGACAGGAAAAGGAACUCUAGGUCUUCCAUCAUUUCUUAUCAGCGGACAGGAUUUUGUAAUAUUAGUUAACACUGAAAUGAAUGUUCAAAAUCAUGGCCUAACUGAUGAAAUCAAUACUAUACAACUGUUUGUUGGGAAUCAGUCUUCCGGAUUUAGUUUAGAAAUCGAUUGCAAUAAAUGGACAUUGCGGAAUCAGACAGUGCAAUUUGGCGGAAGUGAUUUAAUGACGAACAUCUCUCAACCUGUAUCACUAAAUUAUGACUAUAAAACAGAUAACAUUCAGAAAUUGGAAUUUCGAUUCUGGUCCACUAUAGCGCCAUCGGAUUGGCUAGCCUACCCAACUGGAUAUUUGUUGAAUUAA